AUGUAAUAAUAUCAUAGAACCUUUAAUUCAAAGGCUCCUGAUCGUAAUAUUGCUGUACGUUCAACACUCAAACUUCCAUAAAUAAGGUAACAUGUUCCAAAACCACAAAAGCAUUGGAACCAUGGAUAUUCCAACUAGAUAUUCUGAACAUGUACGCAGAUCUCGUUUCCAUACUAAAGCCAAGACUUUUGUUAAACCAAAAGAACGUCCACAAUUCAAACAAUUCCCAACUGAAAAAACUAUGCUUACUUUAGGAUCACUUAAUUCUCCAAGGUCUGAAGAUGAAGGAGAAUCCUCUGGCAAAAGUUUAUUUUCUUUUCGCAGAACUCUUAUUGACACAUUAUCAUUACGUCAAUCUAGAAGAACCAGCAUUGAUAAAGAUAAGUACAAAGACGAGAUAAGAUAAGAAAACAUUCAAAAUGAUAAAUCUUCUGACAAAUAAGCUUUAGAAGAAUUAAAUUAAGAUCCUACUCUAGAAGAAACUGAAAUCAGACCAAAAAAAGAAUCUUAAUCUAUUAGACCUAAAAAUGAGAGUGUAUCCUCCUAAUUCACAUAAUUUACAGAUGAAAUUCACUCUGUUUGGGAUAAUAUGGAUUUGUAUUUAAGAGGUCUUCAAUUUGAUGAUUUUGAUCAUUAAAAUCAAUUACAAUCAUUUCUACUUUUAUAUAAAAUGAGAUGUGGUGGCUUUCCAGUAUCUCUUAAUUUAUAUUUAUUAUUAGGGUGCAAAAGAGAAUCUAGAAAAUGAAGAGGUAAUUAGAAGGGCAGUUGAAUUUGCUAAAAGUAAUCGACAAGUAUUCAAGAAAUAUUUUCCUACCAAACAAGUUGUGUUUGAGAAUGAGGAAGACUAUACUUAAAAUUAUGAUGUAAAUGCCGAUGCAAAUUUCAAAAAAUUUUAAAUUUAUAUUCAGAAUUAUAAUCAACGAUCAUGA